AUGUCUCUGCUUCACCGGAUCACUCCGCACAGGAGGGCUGAUGUAGCAGCAGCUGCAGCAGCUGCUGCAACAGCAGCUGCAGCUACUUCUGCUGCUGGGAGGCCUUGCCGACCUGUGAAGCAGCAGUUGCUGCUGCGCUGCUCAGUGCGGAGGCAGCAGCAGCUGCAGCGUCAGAUGCUGCUGCGGCAGCUUUUUCCAGGAGAAAUCUCCUCUUGUUUGCCUAAGCAGCACUGUGUUGCCUCCCGCGCAGCUAGUUCAGCUGCUGCUGCGGUUGCUGCGCAGUAUAGGGACGCGCAGCACCACUCGCCUCUACAGCAGCAGCAGCAGCAGCGCCUCACUGAAGAAGAUGACUUCCCGUUUGCUGCAAACGCUGCCUGUUGGGGGCAGCCAAACCAUCACUUGGAUCUGCCUCCAUGGGGACAGCAGUUGCUGCGCCAGCAACCGUAUGCGCAGCAGCAACAGCAAUUUCAGCAUCACCACCAGAUGCAACAACACCAUAUGCCGCAAAACGCGCUGCAACAAAGCCAGCUGCAGCAGAGCCAGCUGCAGCAAAGCCAGGUGAAGCAACACCAGCUUCCCAGCGAUAGAGGGUUGCGGCCAGGACACAUUGCAGCCUCUGGCGUGCACCAGCAACAGCAACAGCAGAAAGUUUAUCAGCUGCAACAGCAACAGAAGCAGCAACAACAAGGGCAGCUGCAGCAGCAGCCGCAUCCCUGGCAGUGGCAGGAAGAGGCUUCUCUUGAACAGUUCCUUCUCGACCUUCCCCAGCCGCCGCUCCAUGUGUAUCAGCAACAGCAGCAACAACAGCGGCAACAACAGAAGCCGCAACUCCAGCGACAGCAUCGACAGCAGCAGCAGUGUAUGCAGCGUGCCGCUGGCAGCGGCCCAAAUAAUUUCUCACCCGCAGGCGCAGCAGCGGAAGCAGCAGCAGCAGAAGUAUCUGUGACAACAGCAGAAGUCACAGCGCUAGAGCAGCGGGAAGCAGCACCAAUGGAAGCGGCAGCAUCAGUAUCGGCAUCACCAUCAGCAGCAGCAGCAGAUGCUCCUUCCGCUUUGAAAGGCCUGCAGGAGCUGCGGAAAAUGGGCAGUGCACAGCAGCGCCAGGUGUAUAUCCGGCUGCUGGGCAAGACGCAGGACCCUGCUGCGACGUCUGCAGCAGAAGCAGCAGCUGGAGAAAGUGCUGCUGCUGCUAAAACCCUGCAGCAGGAGGGGCAGCAGGCCCCUCCUGCUGCAGGGCUUUCGGCCAGCGUGCUGCUGUGUCUGCAUGCUCUCGAGCUGGAAGCCAUGCAGCAGGGGCUGCUGCUAGCAGACGUUCCUCAGGAGGAGCUGUUCACACACCUGCAGGCAGCGCAGCUGCCUGAAGAGCAGCAGCAGCAUCAGCAGAAACAGCAGCAGCCGCUGCUCCUGAAUGCAGAGUGGCUGCAGCGGCAAAAGGAAGCCGCCUACGGCGCGAACCCGUACCCCAUUCCCCUUAGGUGGACGCAGCAAGACCUGCCGUCGAACCUUCCGCGGCAGCAACGGCAGCAGCAACAGCGGCAAGACCAGCAGCAACAGCAGCAAGACCAGCAAUUGCAGCAGCAACAGCAGGAGGAGGAGCUGCUGCCAUCUUGCUCGUCUGUCGAUGAGGCUGUGAGUGUGUUGCGGAGGAGACAGGUCAUCAUAGAAGGCUGCAUAUGGAGGCGCCUGACAGCAGAGGUGCAGCAGCAGCUGCAGCAGCUAGCAGCAGCAGGCAGGGGAGGGGAGUCCGGCCCUGCUAAGAGGCUGUGGGUUCCCUGGGUGCACGACAUGGCUAAACCCAUUGCUGCGCUUCAGCAUCGGCAGCGGCGAGUUGCUGCAGCAGCCGCUGCUGCUGCUGCUGCCCCUUCUGGCGACGCGGAAGCCGCCGUUUCCACUGCAGGAGCGGCAGCAGCAGCAGCAGCUGCUGCUGCUGCUGUUGCUGCUGAUCUGGACAGCAAUGAGGCCUGCUUACCACAGCAGCUCGACCCCGUUCUGCUAGCGGUUAUUGCUGCACGCACGGUGCUGCAGCAACUGCUGCUGCCGAAGGCCACCGGUCCUACGGGGCCCACCAACAGGGGGCGUGAAAGUUUGACUGUUGCUUCUCCUUCGGCUGGAGCAGCAGCAGCAGCAGCUGCUGCUGCUGCUGCUUCGAUUUCCGGAGGGCCGGAGCUGCAGCAGCGCCAAGCCCUCGUGACGCAAGUCGCAAUGGCUAUUGGAGAUGCAGUGCACACGGAGGUGGCUGCUGCAUUUCUUGAACGGCAGCAGCAGCAGCAGCAGCUAGGGCAGUGCUACCUGCCGCUCCGUAAGCAGCAACCGAAAAGGCAGCAACGCAGCAGCAGCGGGGCCGCAACUGCAGCACAAGGAGCAGCAGCAGCACCCGUUCUGCUGCCGAGGUGGCCCGCUAGAAAGCGUUUGGCUGUGGGGGGGCUGCUGCUGCAGCUACUGCUGAAGCAUGCCAUGAUCGAGGCCCCUUACGCUGCAGCAAAAGAGGAGCUCUCGAUAGAGCUGCAGCAGCACCGGGCGGAGCAGCAGCGCAUACUCCUCAGCAGACGCCGCAAACAAGAGGAGGAGCAGCAAAAACAGCAGCAGCAGCAAAGGCACCAGCUGCAGCUGCACCAGCCCCGAACAACGCAAGCGCAAGAAGCAGCAGCGGCGAUGGCCGUUUCUGAGUCCGCUGAGGACAUUGUAGCAUCGAAGGAAGCAGAAGCAGCAGCAGCUGCUGCUGUUGCUGAAGAAGAAGCAGCAAUUGCAGCGGAAUUGGCAGCAGAUGGAGCGGCAGACUCUGGGGUUUAUGUGCCUCUCGCCGGGAGAGCAGCAAAAGAGCUGCAGCACCUUGUAGCCUACAAAUCUCGGCACGGCCACGACAAGGUUGAGUUGCCGGCCUUCCGGCACCGCGUGGUGUACUGCCCAAAGCGGCGGAAGAAAUUUGGAAUAAUCGAAAUGCGGCAGCUUUGCUUCGACCGCCUGACAGCUGUAGGCACUGGUCCUGAAGAAGCAGCAGCCGCUGCUGCUGCUGCUGCUGCUGCACGUUCUGCUGCAGAGGCGACCAGCACGCCGGCACCUUCCCUGGCGACAGCAGCAGCAGCAGCAACUGCUGCUGCUGCUGCUGCUGUUUCUGGCGCGCCAACUGAUAGUAAAGGCGACUCUCCUCAAACUCCGGUCUCCUCAGGUGUAGGCGGCGCGGAAGCAGCAGCAGCGGCAGCGGCAGCUGCUGCUGCUACUGUCCGUACAGCAGCAGACCGUCUAUCGUCUCCUUUCUGGCUGAUGCUGAAACAUGUUCCCAUGCUGCUGCCUCCAGCCCCCUGGACAUCCUAUGGCAGCGGCGGCUACUUGAUGUUGCGCACAGCGUUCGUGCGGAGUGUCUCCGAUACAGACCCGGGCAGCAGCAGCAGCAGCAGCAGCAGCGAUUGCAGCAGCAGCAGCAGCACCCCAGCAUCCACGGACACAGUCCACGACUCGGAGGAGGCUCCAGCCGACUCCGAUGUCGGGGGUGCGUAUGCUGACGCAGCAGCCGGAACCAGCAGCAGCAGCAGCAGGAGCAGCAGCGGGGGGAAGAAGGCUGGACGCAGCAAGAAGGGCAGUGAGAUCUACUUAGGCUGGGGCCCUCGUGCGAAGGCCUGUCAGGAUUUUCGGGUGUACGACACUUCUACGGUUCGCACUGCUGUCUCCUUGUUGGGUUCUGUCCCUUGGCAAAUAAAUACAGAAGUUCUGAGGGUGCUGCAGGCCGCAUGGGCAGCAGGAGAGGGCCUGGGCAAGAUGCCUUCGCGCCACUCCGUGCCUAUCGCCGAGCAGCUACAGCAGCACGAGGCGCAGCAGCAGCAGCAGCAGGGCGGCACCAGUACCAGCAGCAGCGAGAGCCGGUCGUUGUUGCUGCGGCAUCUGCUGCAGCAGGAGACGCGCAUGAAGAGCGAACGUCCUUCGUUUCUGUUGAAGCUGGAGACAGCUGAGAAUUUCGGUGUCUGCUCUGCACUGUACUUUCCGCACAACAUCGACUUUAGGGGCCGCUGCUACCCUCUGCCCCCCCACCUCAACCACAUGGGAGACGACGUCUCCCGCGCGCUGCUGCGGUUUGCUCGCAGCAAACCGCUUGGAGACAGCGGCUGGCAGUGGUUGCGUGUACACCUGGCGAAUCUCUUCGGCCACAACAAGGUCUCGUUUAAAGACCGACGCAGGUGGACAGACACCAGAAUGCAGCAAAUCCUCGCGGCAGCGGAGCAGCCACUGCAGCACAAGGAAUUCUGGGCAGCAGCCGAAGAACCGUGGCAGGCACUUGCUGCAGUCUUGGAAAUCGCAUCUGCUGUCAAGUCGGGGGAUCCUACGGCCUUCUGCAGCAAGCUGCCUGUACACCUGGACGGCACGUGCAACGGCCUGCAGCAUUAUGCAGCUCUCAACCGAGACCUUCGGGGGGGAGCAGCUGUAAAUCUCCUACCGGCGGAGACACCGCAAGACGUCUACUCCCUUGUGCUGCAGGUGGUCAAGCAAAACGUACACCGCAUCGCCAGCGGCUGCACGGACACCGUAGGAGCAGCAACAGGAGCAGCACAUGGUGCAGAGACGCAGGCCGAGCAGCAGCAACAGGGCAAAGGGAAGAAGCGGAAGCAGGGGCGCGUGUCUGCUGCGCAGCAGCGGCAGCAGGAGCAGGGGCCACCGCCGCAGCAGCAAGAAAGGCGGCGGGAGCUGGCGCGUUUGUGCGAGGUGCACGGGGUGCUGCAGCGGUGUGUGGUGAAGCAGACAGUGAUGACCGUUUGCUAUGGAGUGACAGCAUUGGGAGCAAGGGAUCAAGUGCUAUCGCAGCUAGAAGACCUGCUGGGGGGCCGUGUGCGGCCUGAGGUGCUGCGGGAGUUGGGAGGGUUCUUGUCGCGAGUUGUGCUGCAGUCCAUUGGGGAGUUGUUUCGAGGGGCGAUGCAGACAAAGAAGUGGCUGGAUGCAGUUUCUGGUGUAUGUACAGCUGCAGGGGUCCCCGUGGCCUGGGAGGUCCCCGCAAUAGGGUUGCUCUGUGAGCAGCCCUACCGCUCGCUGCAGCAGCAGCAAAUCCGCUCCGCGCUGCAGCGCCACACGCUGCACGUGUCAGGAGACUGUGCGCCUGUGAGCAGAUCGAAGCAGCGGCUGGGGUUCCCCCCCAACUUCAUUCACAGCCUCGAUGCUGCGCACAUGAUGCUCACGGCCUUGGAGUGUAUAGGCACCCGUCGCAUUGACAUGGCCGCCGUACACGACUCCUACUGGGCCCAUGCGGGGUGUAUAGACACCUUGGCCACGGCUCUUAGGCAGCAGUUCGUAGCCCUGUAUCAGCACAACCCCCUUCAGUCUCUCUAUGACAGUGUUAGACUCAGACUGCCUCAACAAGCAGCGCACCUCCCCCCUCCCCCACCUAGGGGACAGCUGGACCUUCGCCAGGUCCUACACAGCCCCUACUUUUUUCACUAA